AUGUGCGAAGACUCAAGCUCCUAUCAAUGGGACUACGGCCAGCUUUUGGUCAACAGCAGUCAUCUCUUCUCCAACGCGUCUCGAUCCAUUACUUCUACGCGUCAAGUAAUUACAAUAGGGCCUUUGCGUCGGCCUUCGAUCUAUGCCAGCUUCACGGUGGCAAAUUUCUCGCAAAUGGCAAAGCAGACCUCGGGAAUUUCCUACGGAGAUUACGACAACACCUCGGUCAUCACAGUUGUCAGGAAUGUCGAUAACAUCCACCACCCAAUUCCAUCUCAUGUUCCCGGAGAGCUCUUUUGCAGCCAUUCCGGGUCCUUCAGCGUCUCAUCGGUCUGUGCUGAAGCGCGGGAAGAGCAUCAGAGGCCUGAGCUCAUCACGGAAGUAAUUGGAGAUAUUGACGAGUUACUGUCUAGCCUUAAGCUUGGACACUUUCGGGAGGGACUUGCUUGGGACUACCGUGAAAGGGACUUUUUCAUUGCAUCUCAAGAGCCUCUGCCACUGCAAAUCCCGGCGAAGAGCAAGCCAAUCAUUCACGGAAGCCAACCUAUACACCCCAACGCUGAGGCAAAGCCAUUGUUCACCAUAAAUGAGGAAGUCAACAACCGCGGAAAUGGACCUUCCAAUCAACCGACUUUGCCUAUGGCCCUUCCUUUAACAAAGCACAACGGCUUUGUUGACCCAUCUAUGGUCCCCGCGCCUCUGAGCAUCAUCAAGCGAUCCAAGGCUGAUGCUAGCCGCAAAUUCAAGCGUCCAUCUCCACUGCGUGCUCGAGGUAACAAAAAGCCGACUGAGCCCAGAGACAUCGAGUAUACCAGAAGACAACAAACCAGAUUGCGACCGGACUCGCCUCCAUCUCUCGGUCCUCUCCUCGACGAGAGCGCAUUUGGCACUCCUGUGGUUCCCUUCCUACCCAUUGUCGAGCCUCGUCAGCUCUUCUUUCCUUCGCCAAAUUCGAUCGCUUACCUCGAGCACGAGCUUUCUGACGUGAUCGAUCUCGACACUGAUGAUGACGCUACGGUCAUUGAGGCUCCCACUAGCGCUGCUGGCGUUUCUCAGUGGGACGAAGAAGAUUCCAUUGACUUCUUGCUCGGCCCCAUCGCAAAUGCGCCGCCUCCCGUACCACCACACAGAGUGCUUGCCCAGCCGCAAGACCCCUUGUUAAACCGAGGCGUUGUGCUUGGCUGGCUGGAAGAUUCGGAGACUGUCAGCGGUGGCCAGGAUGCUACCAGCCAUAACGAGUUUGGUGCUCCUCGUCCCUGUCGUGUUCGAGACGUUAAUGCCAGUAGCAAUGACGAAGCCGAUACCCCUUGUCCGCUUCGUGCUCAAGACGUCAACGCUCGCGUCAAUGCCGGCAUCGAUGCUCUGAUCUACCCGAUUGUGCAGGCCGAGAACGACUUCGCGUAUUAUGAGGAUGACUUCCUUCACGAAGUCAUGACUGCUGUGAGUGAGACCCAAGCAACUGACCUAGAUGAGCAGCUUCGGCUCCUAGGUCCAGUCUAUCCAAGCAGAAUCCUCCUGUGGCCUUUGCACCAUCCCGCCACGGACACUGAACCCGAGAAUGCCUCUCAAGAGAGCGUCGAGCGUAGUCAAUCAACUCCCGUAUCGACCGUCACUGAAGAGCUUCCCGAGAGCCCCAAGUGUUUUUUGUGA